AUGGGUUUUCUUUCCAAUGCUAUGGAUGCCGUUGCACCUGGUCUCAGCUCGUUCGGUAAGGAUGGAGCUUGGUUCCUCAAUGGCGGUAAUCUUGACUCUUAUCUUAAUGGCUCUUGGGGUGCCUCUCUCAAUCUCAAGAACUCGCGUAAGCUAAUGGAAGACCAGUUUGGCUAUAAUAUGGCCAUGCAGAAUGAUUCUCAGGAAUGGAGUGCUGCACAGGCCGAGCUUUCCCGUAAAUUUGACGAGCGUAUGUCUAAUACAGCUUAUCAGCGUGUGGUCAAGGAUCUGAGGAAGGCCAAUAUUAAUCCUAUGCUU